CUCUGCAGUGGGGAGUUGCUCGGCGGACUCCGCAAGUUUUCAUUUUACUUUACGUGUGAUUCCGGUUCGUCUAAAAAAGAGGUAAAGUCGCCAUUUUCGGGGAGAAGUCACCUCGGCGUUCACCCGGCGGGUCGACGGAGGGUUCGAGCAAAGUGUCGGGGCCCGGUAGGCACCUACACGGCGGGGAAGGAAGGAGGAAGGCAGCGGUGAGUCGGGACUGGCCGCGGCGGAGCUUGCGAUGCCGACGUUGCGGGACAGCACCAUGUCCCACCCCGGGGAGAACUCCCACCAAGUCCGGGUGAAAGCGUACUACAAAGGGGACAUCAUGAUUACUCAUUUUGAACCAUCCAUCUCAUACGAGGCUCUGUACGGGGAAGUGAAAGACAUGUGCACCAUGGACAACGACCAGCUCUUCACCAUGAAGUGGAUUGACGAGGAAGGUGACCCCUGUACAGUGUCGUCUCAGCUGGAGCUGGAGGAAGCGCUGCGUCUCUACGAAGUCAACAAAGACUCGGAGCUCAUUAUCCACGUGUUCCCAUGUAUACCAGAGAAAGCUGGCAUGCCCUGUCCAGGAGAAGACAAGUCGAUAUAUCGGCGUGGAGCCCGACGCUGGAGGAAGCUUUACUAUGCUAGUGGCCAUGCCUUUCAAGCCAAACGCUUCAACAGGCGAGCCCACUGUGCCAUCUGUACAGACAGAAUCUGGGGUCUGGGUAGACAAGGCUACAAAUGCAUCAAUUGCAAACUGCUGGUGCACAAGAAAUGCCAUAAGCUGGUGACACUGGAGUGCGGCCGACCGAUGAUCCAGGAACCAAUGAUGCCGGGCCAGCCAUCGAAUCAGACAGACUCAACUGAACAGCUAGGCCCUCAGAAUAAAGACUCCAAUGAAAGCUUGACUUACGAUGGAGAAGAGAAAGAGGCACGCAGCAGUAGAGACACGGGGAAAUCGCCUUCGAGCCUGGGCCUGGCCGACUUCGAUCUGCUGAGGGUGAUCGGCAGAGGCAGCUACGCCAAGGUGUUGCUGGUGCAGCUGAAGAAGACUGAGCGCAUCUACGCCAUGAAGGUGGUCAAGAAGGAGCUGGUCAACGAUGAUGAGGACAUCGACUGGGUCCAGACAGAAAAGCACGUCUUUGAGCAGGCUUCUAAUCAUCCCUUCCUGGUGGGCCUCCACUCCUGUUUCCAGACAGAAAGCAGACUCUUCUUUGUUAUUGAAUAUGUGAAUGGUGGAGAUCUCAUGUUCCACAUGCAGAGACAAAGGAAACUCCCAGAAGAACAUGCCAGAUUCUAUUCAGCAGAGAUUAGUCUCGCUCUCAACUACCUCCACGAGCGGGGAAUCAUCUACAGAGAUCUGAAACUGGACAAUGUGCUGCUGGACUCAGAGGGACACAUCAAACUUACAGACUACGGCAUGUGCAAGGAGGGCUUGAGACCAGGCGAUACAACGAGCACUUUCUGUGGAACUCCUAAUUACAUCGCCCCUGAAAUACUCCGAGGAGAGGAUUACGGGUUCAGCGUGGACUGGUGGGCGUUGGGCGUGCUGAUGUUUGAGAUGAUGGCGGGCCGGUCGCCCUUCGACAUCGUGGGGAGCUCCGACAACCCGGACCAGAACACAGAAGACUACCUCUUCCAAGUAAUAUUGGAAAAACAGAUCAGAAUCCCACGCUCGUUGUCAGUCAAAGCCGCCAGCGUCCUCAAGGGAUUUCUCAACAAGGAUCCUAAGGAGCGUCUAGGCUGUCACCCUCAGACAGGCUUUGCUGACAUAAUGGGACAUCCGUUCUUCCGAAACGUCGAUUGGGACCUUCUGGAGCAGAAGCAGGUGGUCCCUCCAUUCAAGCCCAACAUCUCAGGGGAGUUUGGACUGGACAAUUUCGACGCCCAGUUCACCAACGAGCCCAUCCAGCUCACGCCUGACGACGAUGACGUGGUCCGGAAGAUCGAUCAGACUGAGUUUGAAGGCUUCGAGUACAUCAACCCACUCCUGAUGUCGGCGGAGGAGUGUGUGUGAGCGUCGUGGCGCCUGUGCUCAAACACACCACCCACACACACACACACCCACACACACACACACAAACACUCGUGCACACGUUACAUGGUGUCUCAGUGUCUUCAAGCUGCAUGGAUACAAGACAAAUGGACGAUGUCAACCUUCUGUUUGAGAGCUCCACAUGCACAGUAGAACGCUUAUUUGCCAAAACCAGUCUCUCACUCUGCCAUUUGUAACCACUUGCCCUUAAGUCUACCUUCUUUCUUAAUUAUUUUUAUAUCAUGUAAAUCUGCACUGAUAUCAAUUUUCUCAGCGGGGCCUCUUUGUCAGUAGCCAGCGAGGCUACACCGAUCUUGCGAGGUUGCUGUACACCGGGGUUAGAGGGACGAGGUGACAGAUGAACUGAGCAUCCUCUCCUUACAGCUGGUGGGUUGUUUUCAAUGCACAUUUUAUCUGUGUACAUAUAUAAAUAUAUAUGAAACUACUAUUGAGGAUUAACUUUAAGCCACAGUCGGACAAAACUGACAACUUAAUCGUCAUUUUGCAUUUGGUUUUGUCCCAACACCCUUAGUGUAGAGGAAACAGAAAAAGAAUCAUGACAUUAGCAUUUAAAAAAAAAAAAAAAAAAGAUAAAAAUCAAUAUAUUUUUCUCAUGUUUUAUUGAACAACAUAGCGGCCGUUAUAUAUGUUGUUCCGAGUGUUAAGAGAACCAAAAACAAGGUUCAGGCUUUGUUGUUUAGAUGAAUGCUCAACAUCAGGAGAAUAGAGGGAGUCUGAUUCGAGUCCCUUCUCCUGGAAUGAAGGAACUUACAGAGCAGUAUCCUACUAACACUAACACUGAGUUCAUACUCUCCAAACUGUGAAUGAAAGAGCUCACGGUGACGCCAGGACACCUGGACGCUGGUGCACAGGUCGAGUUCAGCUGUGCGGACCACACGUAAAAUAUACAUUCACACAGGACCAAAAAGUUUUUCUGAAAAAUUGCUGGUACAUAUUAGAAGGUACAGUAUAUAUAUAUGAACGAUGUGCUGUCCGAAGUCAUAGAAUUUAUAUAUUCUUUUUUUUUUUUUUUUUUUUUUUGCUCAUUUUUAAUACUAUGCCUUUCUGAGCGUUAUGGUCUGUUCUCUUUUUUGUACUCCAUUCCAUGUUUGUCUUUUUAUUGUAAAUCAAAAACACUAAGUGAUAGUUGGAACACGCUCGCUGACACGGUGCGGGUAUGGUCCUUAAAUGUGGCUCGAAAACUGUUAUCUGUACCUGCUCUGCUCCAUUUUUACCAUGUAUACCCCACAGCUCAUUAGACAUUUUGUCAAGCCGCUUUAAAGCAUAUAAAAGCUCUGCAGAGCCGACGACACUAAGAGACGGUGCAGGAACCUCCAGACUCUCCUCCUUCUUGGAAAGUGGUGACAGGAGGAACUCGUUCAUCCGUUACUCAUGUUACUUCUGCUUUAUUGUUACUUUUUUGUGAAUCAGAUUUAAUUUUGAUUGAUUGUUUUUUUUUUGUAUCACUACAUUGAUUCCAAAAUGUUACUGGGUGAACCCGAUGGAAACACUAUUUGUUGUAUUUGUUGUGCUGGAGGUGUUUACCACCCACAGGACUCUACUGAACUUUAUUAUUAGUGUGCAAAGAAAAACAACACUGACGAUAAAAUAAACAUUUUAUUUCUCUC